AUGGAAGGGCUUUCCUACACCACCGAUGACAAAAAACGAAAACGACGCCGACGAGGGAAGGAGUUCCCCUCGCCAAACCUCCAGACCCCUGCCAACCUGCACGGCAUCAUCCCACGCGCGAUUCACGCGGUCUUCGCCAACGCGCACAAACGCCAGGUGGAGGGGGAAAAGCGCCCCUCACCCCAUCCCACCGCCCCGAGGGAAAAUUCCCCGCCGAAGGAAAACUUCACCUAUUCAAUCACGUGCAGUUAUUAUCAAAUCUACAACGAAACCAUCACCGACCUCCUACGCCCGCAGCGUAAGCCCAACGCGGGUCGACCCAGCGGUGCGGCGAAUCUGGGCGGUAAGCCGGGCCCCCAGGACAAAGGCCUUCGCAUUCGAUGGCACCCUGACAACACCUUCCGCGUCGAAAAUCUUUACCUCUACCGCUGUGAGACCCCGGAAGAGAUGCGGGAUGCGUUUUUCUCUGGAGUUCGCGAAAAAGUUGUCUGCAGCCACCUGCUAAAUGAAAGCUCCUCGCGCUCGCACUGCAUUUUCACCAUUUACGUGGAAUGCCAGCGCGCCCAAACCCGCGAGGUGGUGCGGCGCUCCGAGUUAUCGCUGGUCGACCUCGCCGGGUCCGAGCGGCUUUCCAUGCUCUCACGGGAUCCCUCCCAGUCCUUUCUGAAGGAAUCGAUUGAUAUUAACACCUCCUUGCUCGCGCUGGGCAAGGUAAUCACCUCGCUCGCGGAGGCGAGCAAGAAACGCGGCGCCGGCGAGGGCUCUGGGGAGGCACGCCGCGGCCAAGCGCACAUUCCCUACCGCGAUAGCAAACUCACCAAACUCCUCCAGCACGCCCUGGGCGGGAAUUCCAUUACGGUGAUGAUUGCCUGCAUUAGCCGCUCCGAUCGCUAUAUCGACGAGAGCAUCUCGACGAUGUUGUACACCGGGCGGGCGCGGAAUAUCGAGAACGUCCCGCACGUCAAUCAGGACGCCGCCGCCACCCAACUCACCCAACUGCGCGGCCAGAUCGCGUCGUUGAAGGAGGAGCUUCGCUACUAUCGCGACCUCACGCUGGACCACCUCGCGCCGCUUUCGAAUAAACCCCCCAACGCAAACGACCCCGACGCCGCAAUCAACGAAGAGAGCGAGAAGGAAGCCCCGGGGGAGAUGGAUAAGCUGGCGACCUCGUUAAUCGACGCGUGCGCGAUGCUCCAGCAGAUUAUUAAGGUCAACCACCAACUGCGAAAUGCGUACGAUGAGGCCACAAAGGCCGUGGAGGCGGGCGAGCGGCGGGAGACGGAGCUGAACGCCGAGAAUUUAGCCCUGCGCGAGCGUUUAGCCAUGCUUGAAUCAAUCGCCCUGAACGAGGCUUUUCUCGACAUCAAAACCGUCGAGGACGACUCCGAAGAAACCACCGGCGAUGCGUUGGGGGCUGCGAAAAAGAUCGAACACGCGAGGCAGGCGCCAUCAAAUCGGCCUUGUAAUACUUACGAGCCGUAUUGGGAUUCAGCCGACAAUGUCAGCGGGCCUGGCGGCAGCCUUUCUAGACUCAAAUUUCCUCUGCUGGAGUCGAAAGCCGCCGCGGAAGGAUGGUGUUCUCAUAGAGAGGCACCCAAGACAAAACUGGGCUCGUCCCUGACAGAUAACAAUUCCAUAAAUGAAGUCAAAUGUGCAAAGUUAGAGUUUAAUAAACGCUAUAAAGAUAUCAACGCUCCGGAGGACUUUUAUUCCAAAGGAGAAAACAUCAUGACAAAUAAAUUAAACGAGGUGGCUACCUUUAGAAUAAAGGAUGCUGCCCACUAUACACCAACCCGAAGUGAUGAGGAACCACCGACGGUAACGACCUCGCUUGAAAAUUAUGAAACGAAACGAGGUAAGGACUUAUUCGACAAGCCUUCGCAUCUCUGUGAGGAUGAGAAGGCAUUAAAGGCUGACAAAAAGGCUAUCAAUCACGCUAGGAAAAAGGAAAAACGUCUCAAACGUGUGUUGGCGAAGAAAUUAGAGGAAUACGAAAACUUCUACCGUCCGCGCGCGUUUUUUGAACCCUAUGGAAGUAUCCCUACGGGAAGUUCUUCGACCGGACUUUCAUCCGCUUCGCGUAAUUCAACGAAUCCAUUACCGUCCCACAAGAAUAAAUUAAAUCCCUCCAUGCCAUGGGGGCGAGAUGAUAUAGCCGCCUGUAAGGCUAUUAGAGAAACCAAAACAAUUCUGCGUAAGGAAUCCCCUGAAGUGAGCAAGGCGUUCAUACCCAGAUCCACAUACUGCAUGAGCUCCUACGGUGCGCUUGACUUCGGCGGCGAAAAGGAAGACGUCGAGAAAUUUGAAGCCGAGCGGCAGGAAUCUAAAUCCAAGCUAAUGGAGCUUCUUGCCCGUCGAGAAGAGCUGCAAACCGGCCUACAGAACGAUAUCUACGGCCGAGUUUUGCUUUCUGAAAAGGGAAAAAUGCGCCCCAAUGGUAAAGAUGGAGGGGGUGAGAACUUUCCGAUGAGUGCACUUCUCCAUAAACUGGAGGUUCUUCCGACCCGAACCGCUGACAAGUCCCCAUCCUCCCCGGCUGCCGAAGUCAGGCAGUCAGAUGCUAAAAUCCACUCAACCGGAAAGUAUUACGCUAAUGGUGACUCUUUAUCGCCUUACGGGACUUGUGAAUCCCUUCGGAGGCUGCCCAAAUGUUCUAAAAAGUGCACUAGUAAUAGCGUUGAUCGCCUUUUAAAGUAUUUGGACAGUGAUAAAGUCUUGUGA